UCGCACUGUUGCGCACCUCAUCCGCAAAGAAAUCCAGCCGCGACAGCGAGAGCGAGUAGUAGGUAGGUAGGAGACGGACGCGGCCGCCGGCGAGCGACCAUGGACUUCCACGCGCUCCCCCGCCGCGACCUGCAGGCGCUGGCCAAGCGCAACGGCGUCCGCGCCAACAUGACCAACGGCGCCAUGGCCGACGCCCUCGCCGCUCUCCCCGCGGUCGACGGGAUCGAGGAGUACGUCCAGCAGCCCGUCGAAGAACCGACGCCUGCGGCCGAGCCGGUGGUUCAGCCGACAGCAGAGGAGGAGGAGGCGCCGGCGGAGGAGAAGCCCGAGAUCUCGCUGCCGCCCGACGAGGUCGUCGUACUGGAUGACAGCGACGAAGAGGAGAAGGAUCUUACGCCGGACGAGGAUGAACAGAAGGCGCCAGCCCGUGGCGUGGGGCGGCGCCGUGUGGCGUGGGCCGAGCCUCUAGCGGCUACGGCGAAGAGGAACAGACCCGCCGCACGUAAGGCCGGUACAGCGGAAGCGGUCGCAGACGCCGUCCCGGCUCGGGCCACUCGCGGUCGGAAGCAGAGGACGGUGGAGUCGGUGGCUGCCAACGAGGCGCCCAAGAGGACGGUGGAGACGGACGCCGAUACAGCGGAAGCGGUCCCGGAGGCCGUCCCUGCUCGGGCCACUCGCGCUCGGAGCCAGAGGACGGUGGAGCCGGUGGCCGAGGACGAGGCGCCCAGGACAAGACGGACGUCCAGGAGGAAGGCUGGCACGCAGCAGGAAGAGGAAGAAAAGGCCACACAAGGUGACGCCUCAGAUGUGGAACCUGCUAUGGCUGCACCGGUUUCCACGGACGAGGGAUGCGAUGGUGCUGAAGAUAUGGAAGCGGCCGUGGAUGUUCAGAACGAGGAGCAACGCGCGCCAGUUGAGGAACAGAGCCAGGAAGAGGAAGGUGAGACCGAAAAAGAGGACGCAGCUGCCGUGGCCGUGCCGGCUCGGGCCACUCGCGCUCGGAGCCAGAGGAAGGUGUUGUCGGCGGCAGAGGAGGUGGCGCCCAAGACGAGACGGGCGUCCAGGAGGACCGUGGAUGCUCAGGCCGAGGAGCAACACGCGCCGGUUGAGGAACAGAGCCAGGAAGUCGAAGCUGACACCGAGAAAGAGGCUGUGGCUGCGGUGCCCUUGUCGGCUCGGGCCACUCGCGCUCGGAGGCAGAGGACAGUGAUGCCGGUGGCAGAGGAGGAGGCGCCCAAGACAAGACGGACCUCGAGAAGGGCUGUGGCAAAGAACAACAACAGCACGGAGCAGGAAGAUGAAGAAAAGGCGGCACAAGGCGAUGUCUCUGAUGUGGAAGCUGCUGUGCCUGCGCCGGCUUCCUCACACGAGGAAGCGGAGGGUUCUGAAGAAAUGGCGGAGACCAUGGAUGCUCAGAACGCGCCAAUUGAGGUACAGAGCGAGGAAGGCGAAGGUGAGGCCGAGAAAAUGGACGCAUCAGCUGUGGAGGCCGUGCCAGCUCGCGCCACUCGCGCUCGGAGGCAGAGGGCGGUGUUGUCGGUAGCUGAGGAGGCCAUGCCUGCUCGGGCAACUCGCGCUCGCAGCCAGAAGACGGUGGUGCCGGUGGCUGAGGAGGAGGCGCCCAAGGGGAGACGAACGUCGAGGAGGGCUGCGGCGAAGAAGACUAGUACGGAGCAGGAAGAGGAAGAAAAGAGGACACAAGGUGAUGUCUCUGAUAUGGAAGCUGAUGUGCCUGCGCCGGUAUCCUCAGACGAGGAGCAGAACGAGGCGGUUUGCGGUUCUGAAGAAAUGGAAGCGGCCACAGAUGCUCAGAAGGAGGAGCAGACCACGCUAGUUGUUGAGGAACCGAGUCAGGAAGGUGAGACUGGUACCAUGCAUGAAGAGGAGGAGCAGCAAGAUACUGUCUCUGAUGCGGAAACUGCUGUGCCUGCGGCUUCGUCAGACGAAGAAGCUGAUUGUGCUGAAGAAAUCGAAGCGUCCAUGGAUGCUGAGGACGAGGAGCAAGCUGAGGAACAGAGCCGGGAAGACGAAGGGGCGGUUGCGGAUGGAACACUAUUAGUGGAAGAAGAACCAGCAGCUGCAGAACAUUCCCUGGUUUACUCGGCAGUAGUAGAGCAAACUGACACUGUAUCCAGCGAGGAGAUCCAGCAUCCCAGUGAAGAUACAGAAAUAUUGGCUGUCCAGGAGGUGCCUGAGGUCACAGAGGAAGUUAAUUUCUCCAGCGAUGUCAGUGAGGAGAAUGAACAUUGCACGGCUGAAGAAGAACCACCAGUGGCAGAAGAUGUUGAUUCAUCAGUACAAGAGUCGCCGGUCGAUAUCAAGCAUGCUAGUGAGGAGAAUGAAGAAUUACAAAUGGCAGAAGGUGUCCAGCAUGCCAAUGAGGAGAACGAAGAUUGCAAGGUUGAAGAAGAACUUCCAGUGGCAGAAGAUGUUGAUUCAUCAGUACAAGAGUCGCCGGUCGAUGUCGAGCAUGCUAGUGAGGAGGAUGAAGAAUGCAAGGUUGAAGAAGAAUUACAAGUGGCAGAAGAUGUCCAGCAUGCCAGUGAGGAGAAUGAAGAUUGCAAGGUUGAAGAAGAACUACCAGUGGCAGAAGAUGUCCAGCAGUGUGAGGCCACCGAGGAGAUUAAGCUUGCCAGUGAAGAUACAGAACUGGUGCCCGUCCAGGAGAUGUCACAGGCUAUGAUGGAAUCCGGUGAGGCAACAGAGGAUGUUGAUUGCACCAGCGAUGUUGACGAGGAGAAUGAAGAGUUUGAAGAAGAACCAGCACUGGCAGAACUUGCUGAUUCAUCUGUACAAGAGCCGCUGGUCGAUGUCCAGCAGCGUGAGACCACCAAGAAGAUUCAGCUUGCCAGUGAAGAUACAGAAAUGGUGCCCAUGCUGGAAUCCGGUGAGGCCGUAAAGGAAGUUGAUUUCACCAUCGAUGUUGUCCGUGCCUCUGAAGAGGUGCUUCAGAGCGCAGCCAAAGUAAGUGAGAAGAAACAAGAUAUGUCUGCUGAAGAGGUGACCAAUAACACAGAUACGGCUGCUGAAGAGGAGACACUGGUGGCCACCGAUGAGAUGCCACAGAUGUUCGAGGCAAUGGACGAGGAUGUUGCCGAAGUGGUCACCAUUGACUACUUGUUGCAGGCCAACAACGAGGGUGUUGCAGUCAAGGAGAGUGGUUUCACCGCUGAUCUCACAGAUGUGUCCAUGGAAGAGGAGGCAGAGGUGGCCGCCAAUGAGAAGCCGCUGAGCUUAGCCAGAAUGGGCGAGUGUGUUGAGGAGGAAGUGGUCACCGUCGACCACCUGCCGCAAGCCACAGUAACAGACGACGAAGGUGCGGUCAAAGAGAGUGGUUUCAGCUGUGGCCUCACACAUGUAUCCACUGAUGAUGGCGUGGUGGCAGCCGAUGUUAUGCUACAGAGCUCAGCCACAAAGGAGGAGAAUGCUGAGGAAGUAGUCGCCAUCGACAACCAGUCUGAAGCCAUGGUGACCGACGACAGUGGUUUCCCCAGUGAACUCUUGGAUAUGUUCAUUGAAGAGCAGGGAGUGGUGGCCGACAACGCGAUGCUACACAGCUCCUCCACUAUGGAAGAAAAUGUAGAGGAAGUGGUCACCGUGGAUAACAUUUGGCAAGCUACAGUAACUGGUGACGAGGGUUUCUGGGAUCACCUCGCACAUAUGUCAGUUGACAAGGAGGAUGUGGUUGAGGCCGAUGAGAUGCAAGUGAGUUCAGCAACAAUAGAAAAGAGUGUUGAGCUACUGGUCACCGUCGACAAGCAGUCGCAGGCAACAGUAGCAGAUGAAGAAUGGGCAGCCACGGAGAGUGCUUUCACCGGUGAGUGCACACCGGUGGUCGACACUGCCAGAGAUUUCAGUGAUCACAUUGCAUCGCCGUGGUCUGCGAACGUGUUUGAGUAUGCCACCAAGUCCCUGUCCAUGGACUCUAUCACUGUGCAGGGCCCUGUCACUGUGGUAUCUGAACCUGUGGCAGUGCAGCGAGAGAAUGAUGUGAAGGAAGGGAACGAACCUGAAGCAGCAUUGGGCAAAACUAUACAUAGUCCACUUACAAUAAGGAAGCUUAGGAGGGCAGUGGCAGAAGAGAACGAGGCAGAUGAUGCGCCGCUGUGCAUAUUCAUCGGUAGCAGUGGUGGUGAGGAGAACUCUGCUGAGCCUGUGCUGGUGGAAGAAGAGAAUGAAGUGAACCAACCUGAAGCAACGUUGGCCAAAAUUCUACAUAGUCCACUUACAAUAAGGAAGCUUAGGAGGGCAGUGGCAGAAGAGAACGAGGCAGAUGAUGCGCCGCUGUGCAUAUUCAUCGGUAGCAGUGGUGGUGAGGAGAACUCUGCUGAGCCUGUGCUGGUAGAAGAAGAGAAUGAAGUGAACCAACCUGAAGCAGCGUUGGCCAAAAUUGCACAUAGUCCACUUACCAUAAGGAAGCUGAGGAGGGCAGUGGCAGAAGAGAACGAGGCUGAUGAUGUGCCGCCGUGUAUAUUCACCAGUAGCAGUGGUGGCGACGAGAACUCUGCUGAGCCCAUGCUGGCGGAACGAGAGAAGGAAGUGAACGAACAUGAAGCAUUGAGCAGCCUUAGCCUAAGGAAGCUUAGGACCGAGUUCAAUCAGAUAGUUGCAGUGGCACAGGAGAACGAAGUGAAGGAAGGCGAGAAAUCGUCACAGGCACUGGAUAAGCUUAGCCUAAGGAAGCUUAGAACCAAGCUCAAGGAGACGCUGAAUGCACAUAAGAACGUGGAACCAAAAAGGGUGCCCCUUGGAAGGCUGGACGAAAAUGCCUGCUGAUUCCACAUCAGUGGCCAACACCAGAUCAUGUAUCUGCACUACACUACUGUUAACCAGGAGGAACAGCUAGCUCCCCUAGCUCUGAACUCCAGCGUGAGAGACUCACAGGUUGUGAAACCAAGGUUUCUCCAACCCCUUCCCUUAUCUAACUUGUCUGCGUGUGUACACCGUGAGAAGAUUCGGCCAUAUUUUUUGCCAUUUCUCAUGUAGUCGGCUCCCCAGCUCUUGUUUGGCUGGUUACUUAUGAGUGGUUUGUUAGUGCUAUGCACUUGUAUCCUUGUAUCCUGUUCUGAACUUGUGUAGCUGAUUUGCCCCGUCUGGGAAGAUAUCACGUAUCUGAUGUUUUAGGUGAGAUCA